GCAUGAAUGAGUCUCUGUAAUGAAUGGAAAUGAAUGGAUCAGGAAUCCAGGCGGAGGGAGGAAGAAAGAGGGGGAAAGACAGAAAGACAGGGUAAAGGCAGAAGGAAGAACUAUGGAGCCUGGAAGAAUGUUUGGCUGGCUGGUCAGUUAGCGGUCUGAGAGCAACUGGUCCCACUUGGAUAACUGGGGAGCAUGGCAAGCCCACCCCAUUUGCUCUUCAAGCUGCACAGCCCAACCUAAAUGAGAGAAGGGUAUACUGUGAUGGUCUCCUCCACCACGAGGGUUGAGAGGAAGUGGGCGGGGGGGCUUGGUGGUGGUAGUGGUUGUUCUGGACAAGGCAUUUCAUACGAAUAAUUUGGGGGAAGAAAUCUGGGUUAUCAGGGAGACUUGUGGGCAAAUAAAGGAGUACAAGUUUUGAAGACAGCAGCCCCCUCCUGUCUCAGGAUGUAAGGAAGGAGAAGGGAUAGGUUUCAGGGUGCUAAGAGUCUGGGGUUUGGGGUGACUCUUCCCACUGCUGAAAACCAGGGCUCACCUCUUCCUCCAAAUCUGUCUCUCUUGCUUUAGCUCUUCAGCACCUGUUGCCUUCACUAGCAGCUUUUCCUCCUCCUCUUCCCUGCACUCCUCAGAACCAAAGAAUGUGAAGGGGGUCCAUGGAGAAGUUGUUUUCGUGGCCCUAACAGCUCAAUUCCCAUUCAUCCCCGAGCCUCCCCAAGGGCUCACGUCCCCGCGCCCCGGGCGGCCACCUAGCGCCGUCGCCACCGGCCUUCGACGGCGAACUGGAUCUGCAGCACUACUCCAACGGGCCAGGCGUAAGCGCCGGGUCUCCGGGGAUGGGAGCAGUGGGCUGGUCUGAGAGUCGCACAGGCGAACGGCGCUUCCCCUGCCCUGUAUGCGGGAAGCGCUUCCGCUUCAACUCUAUCCUGGCUUUGCACCUACGGGCGCACCCAGGCGCCCAGGCCUUCCAGUGCCCGCACUGCGGCCACCGUGCUGCGCAGCGGGCGCUGCUGCGCUCGCACCUGCGCACGCACCAGCCUGAGCGCCCGCGAAGCCCCGCCGCGCGCCUGUUGCUGGAGUUGGAGGAGCGCGCGCUACUGCGGGAAGCGCGGCUGGGGAGACCCCGAAGCUCAGCGGGCCUGCAGGCCACCCCUGCCACUGAGGGCCUGGCGCGGUCCCAGGCUCCUUCGUCGUCCGCCUUCCGUUGCCCUUUCUGCAAAGGCAAGUUUCGCACCGCGGCGGAGCGCGAACGCCACCUGCACAUUCUGCACAGGCCCUGGAAGUGCGGCCUGUGCAGUUUCGGCUCCAGCCAGGAGGAGGAGCUGCUGCACCACAGCCUGACGGCCCACGGAGCUCCUGAGCGCCCCCUGGCGGCCACCUCGGCUGCACCCCAGCCUCAGCCUCCACCCCAGCCUGAACCCAGAUCCGUCCCUGAGCCCGAGCCGGAGCCUGAACGUGAGGCAACCCCCGUCUCCGCUCCUGCUGCUCCCGAGGAGACCCCCGCGCCUCCGGAGUUCCGCUGUCAAGUGUGUGGCCAGAGCUUUACGCAGUCCUGGUUUCUCAAGGGCCACAUGCGCAAGCACAAGGCCUCCUUCGAUCAUGCAUGUCCUGUUUGUGGCCGCUGCUUCAAGGAGCCCUGGUUCCUUAAGAACCACAUGAAGGUGCACGCCAGCAAGCUGGGCCCGCUGCGUGCCCCGGGGCCUGGUUCUGGGCCUGCCCGGGCACCCCAGCCUCCUGACCUGGGCCUGCUGGCCUAUGAGCCUCUGGGUCCCGCGCUCCUCUUGGCCCCGGCGCCCACCCCGGCUGAGCGCCGUGAGCCUCCGAGCCUCCUGGGAUACCUGAGCCUGCGAGCCGGCGAGGCCCGGCCCAAUGGUGAGGGCGCUGAGCCUGGGGCUGGCCGCAGCUUUGGAGGCUUCCGCCCACUGCCCUCUGCUCUCCCAGGCCGGGCUCGCCGGCACCGCGCGGAGGAGCCGGACGAGGAAGAGGAGGUGGUGGAGGCAGAGGAAGAAACCUGGGCCCGCAGCAGGGCGGUGGGCCCUCUGGCUUCACUGCCCCCGCGCUCAGGCGAGGGCCCAGGGCACUCUGCGACUGCUGCGGGGGCCCCGGCGAGGUCCACCGCCACGCAGGAAGAGAAUGGGCUCCUAGUUGGAGGGACCCGGCCUGAAGGGGGCCGGGGGGCCACCGGCAAGGAUUGCCCCUUUUGUGGAAAAUCCUUCCGCUCAGCGCAUCACCUCAAAGUGCACCUGCGAGUGCACACAGGAGAGCGCCCCUACAAGUGUCCGCACUGCGACUACGCGGGCACCCAGUCCGGGUCGCUCAAGUAUCACCUGCAGCGCCACCACCGGGAGCAGAAGAGCGGGGCAGGCCCCGGGCCUCCUCCAGAGCCGCCACCCCCUUCCCAGCGGGGUGCAACCCAGUCGUCGGGAGCCAAGCCGGCUGCGCAGCCUGCGACCUGGGUGGAGGGCACAGCGAGCUCUCGGCCUCCCUCGAGCGGCGCCGCGUCGGGGUCCCGUCGGAAGCCCGCCAGCCCCGGGAGGACCCUGCGCAACGGGCGAGGCGGUGAGGCCGAACCCCUCGACCUGUCCCUGCGGGCAGGGCCGGGAGGCGAGGCUGGGCCGGGGGGUGCCCUCCACCGAUGCCUCUUCUGUCCCUUCGCCACUGGAGCCCCCGAGCUCAUGGCCUUGCACCUGCAAGUGCACCACAGCCGCAGGGCUCGGGGCCGCAGGCCGCCCCAGGCCGAUGCAUCCCCGCCCUAUGCCCGGGCACCGUCCGGAGAGACCCCUCCCAGUCCUCCGCAGGAAGGGGAGGAGGGCCCCGGGCUGUUGCGUUCAGGAGAGGCUGGGCUGGGGGGGCAAGAAAGGUAGGGAGCCCUCUUACGGGCUGUUAGCUUAGUGAGUUUACCCCGCAGGAGCGGGGCCGCGCUAGAGGUAGUUGGGUAGAGCAGCCAGCAGGGGGCAGCGUGGGACCCAUAUCCCAGCCCCGGGCGGACCAGAGGUGGAGGGGGCAGAGGGCGUUAGGAGGGUGGGUGGGCGAUACCUGGGCGAUACCCACCCAGCCCAAGAGAGAGUCACAGUGCCUUAGAAGUGGCAGGGGUGAGGAUCAAAGAACGGGGUCCCAGGGCUGGCAGAGAGGAGUGUUCCUGGUGAGGGGCAGCUUUGCCAGUCUUUGCUGGUCCAUAGGCGUGAGAGUUUAUUUUUGUACAAUGGGUGGGGGUGGGGGCACUGUACCCUUCUAGCCCCUCCAGGGGCCCUGUAGACGUUGCUAUUUUUGGUACGAUUCCUGUCAUCCCUGUCGCAGAGUUGUGUCCCCAAUAAACAGGUGUCUUGAGGCACA